AUGGGUUUUCAGGCCUUUGGGCAGUCCUUCUCCAUCCACCGGAAAGUUGCUGAGGAUGGAGAGACUCGGGAGGAAACGCUGCUGCAGGAGUCAGCCUCGAAGGAAGCUUACUACCUGGGGAAGAUCUUGGAGAUGCAGAACGAACUGAAGCAGAGCCGGGCCGUGGUCACUAACAUACAGGCAGAGAACGAGAGGCUCACCGCGGUGGUGCAGGACCUGAAGGAGAACAAUGAAAUGAUGGAGCUACAGAGAAUACGGAUGAAGGAUGAAAUUCGAGAAUAUAAAUUCCGAGAGGCCCGGCUCCUUCAGGACUAUACUGAGCUGGAAGAAGAAAAUAUCACGUUGCAGAAACUUGUGUCCACAUUAAAACAGAACCAGGUUGAAUACGAAGGCUUAAAGCAUGAGAUUAAGCGAUUUGAAGAGGAGACGGUGCUGCUGAACAGCCAGCUGGAAGAUGCCAUCCGGUUGAAAGAGAUCGCUGAGCACCAACUGGAAGAAGCCCUGGAGACCUUGAAAAACGAAAGGGAGCAAAAGAACAACCUGCGGAAGGAGCUGUCCCAGUACAUCACCCUCAAUGACAACCAUAUCAGCAUCUCCGUAGAUGGGCUCAAGUUUGCGGAGGACGGGAGCGAACCGAACAAUGAUGACAAAAUGAACGGCCACAUCCACGGGCCUCUGGUGAAACUGAACGGAGACUACCGGACUCCCACUUUGAGGAAGGGAGAGUCUCUGCACCCGGUGUCUGACUUAUUCAGUGAGCUGAACAUUUCAGAAAUACAGAAAUUGAAGCAGCAACUUAUGCAGGUAGAGCGGGAAAAGGCCAUUCUUCUGGCCAAUCUCCAGGAGUCACAGACGCAGCUGGAACACACCAAGGGGGCGCUGACAGAGCAGCACGAACGGGUGCACCGGCUCACGGAGCACGUUAAUGCCAUGAGGGGCCUACAGAACAGCAAGGAGCUCAAGACCGAGCUGGACGGGGAGAAGGGCCGGGUCUCAGAGGAAGAGGCACAUGACUAUGAGGUGGACAUCAAUGGCUUAGAGAUCCUUGAGUGCAAAUACAGGGUGGCAGUGACUGAGGUGAUCGAUUUGAAAGCUGAAAUUAAAGCCUUAAAGGAGAAAUACAACAAAUCCGUAGAAAACUAUACUGAAGAAAAGACCAAGUAUGAGAGUAAGAUCCAAAUGUACGAUGAGCAGGUGACAAGCCUUGAGAAGACCACCAAGGAGAGUGGAGAGAAGAUGGCCCACAUGGAGAAGGAAUUGCAAAAGAUGACCAGCAUAGCCAACGAAAAUCACAAUACCCUUAAUACAGCCCAGGAUGAGUUGGUGACCUUUAGUGAGGAGCUAGCUCAGCUUUACCACCAUGUAUGUCUGUGUAAUAAUGAAACCCCCAACAGGGUCAUGCUGGACUACUAUAGGCAAAGCAGAGUUACUCGUAGUGGCAGCCUGAAAGGGCCCGAUGAUCCCAGGGGACUUUUGUCUCCACGGUUAGCCAGGCGGGGGGUGUCAUCCCCAGUAGAAUCAAGGACCUCCUCUGAACCAAUUACAAAAGAAAACACUGAGGCCAGCAAAGAACCAAGUCCAACCAAGACCCCCACUAUCUCUCCUGUAAUUACUGCCCCACCGUCAUCUCCAGUAUUAGAUACAAGUGACAUCCGCAAAGAGCCAAUGAAUAUCUACAACCUUAAUGCCAUUAUCCGGGACCAAAUCAAGCAUCUGCAGAAAGCCGUGGACCGGUCCUUGCAACUGUCUCGUCAAAGAGCAGCGGCACGGGAGCUGGCCCCCAUGAUCGAUAAAGACAAGGAAGCCUUAAUGGAGGAGAUCCUCAAGCUCAAGUCCCUGCUGAGCACCAAACGGGAGCAGAUUGCCACACUGAGGGCCGUGUUGAAAGCCAACAAGCAGACAGCUGAGGUGGCACUAGCUAAUCUCAAGAACAAAUAUGAAAAUGAGAAAGCAAUGGUGACUGAAACGAUGACGAAACUUAGAAAUGAACUGAAGGCUCUGAAAGAAGAUGCAGCAACUUUCUCAUCCCUGAGAGCAAUGUUUGCAACAAGAUGUGAUGAGUACGUCACACAGUUGGAUGAGAUGCAGAGACAGUUAGCAGCCGCAGAGGACGAGAAGAAGACUCUAAAUACUUUGUUACGAAUGGCUAUCCAGCAAAAACUCGCCCUGACCCAGCGGCUGGAGGACUUAGAAUUUGACCAUGAGCAGUCGAGACGCAGCAAAGGCAAAUUUGGAAAGAGCAAGAUCGGCAGCCCUAAAUCCUGACUUAGCUCUGCCCGAGGAGCCGCCACAUUCCAGCUCGCAGUGCGCCCCACUCCACUGUCUCUCCAAGCCUCCCGACCCCUCCUCUGCAACUCCCGCGGACGAACAUCUGGGGUGAACGUUUUGUAGCCACACCCAGGACACUGCCCAAGACCCAGCUGCUGUUUGCUUCUCGGUGGUUAGACGUUGUGGUGGGAUUAAUGCCCGUCACUUGGGAAGAUGAAAGAAAGUUGAGAAGAUUAACACAACGCCCAGACUCCCGAGUGAUACAACGUAUUAUGGUUUCUCUAAGUCACAGAUGAACUUCUGCAACGAAAUGGCCACAGUUCAAUGAAAUAAAAACAAACAAACAAAGAACACAGGACACGUAGCUCAGACGACUGGCUUUAUCUCAAUAGCAUAAGAGAGACCUAAGACCAUGUAAAAUACAUAUAUUGUAAAAUCAUCCUUCCUCAAACGUCACAUUCGGCUAUAGAAAUUGAU